AGUUUGCACGAAGUACCAUCCUUGCAGCUAAAAUACAGGAAUUUAUCAUCACGAAAAAUUCAGCAAUAGCAUUUUACAGUUACGUUUAACUUUUAAGCCAAUGAAAUAACUGCCAUCUGUCGUAGCCACAGAAACAAGAUAGAGGCAAAGAAGAAAUAACAUUACAUCAAACCCGGCAAACAAAGAGGUCCUUUUUUCAACGACAACAUUUUUCCUCCAUAUUCUAUAGUUAUGAGUCAUGUGGCCGUCGAAAAUGUCCACGGUCUAGAGCAGCAGCUUGCUGUCCUAGACUUGGCCGCAGCAGACGGACAAGGUGGAGGCACCAACAGGCGAUACAUUCCUCCACAUUUACGGAACAAAGACGCUUCCAAAAAUGCAGGAAAUGCCUUCGCUGCUGGGAGACAGGGUGGCUACACUAUUGCGCCCACUGCCAACUAUGGUUGGGAUGGGGGGCGCAACAACUUCGUCAAUGGCUACCACGACAACCGCAUGACUGCCGGCAACUCGUUUAACCGCGGCCCGCCUCGCAUGGAGAGGGGCCGAGGUGGUGUCGGAGGAGGUUACCGCGGCAACAGGGGCGGCUCCUUCAACCCCAUCAACCCAGCACAGCCAAUGGGCUUCGCUGGCUAUGAAAAUAAAGACACCGGCGGCUGGAACACUGCCAAGGACGCCUAUAGCAGUUUUGGUAACAACCGAGGGAAGUCUGCGUUCUUCAAUGACAGAGGCAAUGCUAAUAGAGGAAGGUUUGAUCACGGUGGAUUUGGUGGUGGUGGUGGAGGAGGAGGAAACAGCCGCUGGGUGGAGGAGUCCAGAGAUGACGGAGACUGGUCCAAACCAACACCACGUAACGAGCGCCUUGAACAUGAGUUGUUCUCUGGCAGUAACACUGGGAUUAACUUUGAGAAAUAUGAUGACAUUCCUGUUGAGGCCACAGGACAGAACUGCCCUCACCACAUCGAGAGUUUCCAAGAUGUGGACAUGGGUGAGAUCAUCAUGGGUAACAUUGCUCUGAGUCGCUACACCAGACCAACCCCUGUCCAGAAAUAUGCCAUCCCCAUUGUCAAAUCAAAGCGAGACCUCAUGGCCUGCGCACAGACAGGUUCUGGGAAGACUGCGGCAUUCCUGCUUCCUAUUCUCAGCCAGAUCUACACUGAAGGACCAGGAGAAGCUCUUAAUGCAGCUAAAACAUCUGGACAGGAAAAUGGAAAAUAUGGGCGUCGUAAGCAGUACCCUAUCUCACUGGUAUUGGCUCCAACCAGAGAACUGGCGCUGCAGAUAUAUGAUGAAGCCAGGAAGUUUUCCUACCGGUCCAGGGUACGUCCCUGUGUUGUGUAUGGCGGAGCAGACAUUGGCCAGCAGAUAAGAGAUCUGGAGCGAGGAUGCCACCUACUGGUGGCCACACCAGGAAGACUGGUGGACAUGAUGGAGAGAGGCAAGAUUGGACUGGACUACUGCAACUACCUAGUUUUGGAUGAGGCAGAUCGUAUGUUGGACAUGGGAUUUGAACCACAGAUACGACGCAUUGUCGAACAGGACACAAUGCCACAUAAGGGCAUCCGACAGACCAUGAUGUUCAGCGCAACCUUUCCGAAAGAGAUCCAGAUCCUGGCCAGGGAUUUCCUGGAGGAGUACAUCUUCCUGGCGGUGGGCAGAGUUGGUUCCACUUCAGAGAACAUCACUCAGAAAGUGGUGUGGGUGGAAGAGAGCGAUAAGAGAUCUUUCCUCCUGGACCUGCUCAGUGCAACAGGAAAGGACUCGUUGACUCUGGUUUUUGUGGAGACCAAGAAAGGUGCUGAUGCUUUGGAGGACUUCCUGUAUCGGGAGGGCUAUGCCUGCACCAGUAUCCAUGGCGACCGCUCCCAGAGAGACCGAGAGGAGGCCCUGAACCAGUUCAGAUCAGGAAAAUGCCCAAUUCUGGUGGCCACAGCGGUAGCUGCUCGGGGUCUGGACAUCUCCAACGUGAAACAUGUUAUCAACUUUGACCUGCCCAGCGACAUAGAGGAGUAUGUCCACCGUAUUGGACGUACAGGACGAGUAGGAAAUCUGGGCCUGGCCACAUCGUUCUUCAAUGAUAAAAAUGGGAACAUCACUAAGGACUUGCUGGACAUCCUGGUUGAAGCCAAACAAGAAGUUCCCUCAUGGCUCGAGAGCCUGGCCUAUGAACACCAGCACAAGAGCAGCAACAGAGGACGCUCCAAGAGGUUCUCUGGCGGUUUUGGAGCACGUGAUUAUCGGCAGACGGCCGCAGGAGGCAACGCUGGAGGGUUUGGAGGCCGCGGAGGCCGCAACCAGGCAGGACAUGGCGGAACCCGUGGCUUUGGAGGAGGUGGCUUUGGCAACUUCUACACCAGUGACGGCUACGGAGGCAACUACUCACACUCCCAAGUUGACUGGUGGGGCAACUAGGUUCCUCCAUCCUCCUUUCACUCAACCCUCUUUGUUCUUGUCACUCAUCCUCAUUCCUUUCUCCACACUGUUGUCUGCACCCCAUCUGUCUCUUCUGAUCCAUUAACCCCAAGAGCCCACAUGCAUGUUAUUAAGCUAUUUAUACUCAUUUAUAUAGCCCUCCUUCCAUCCCUAUGCACCCAAAUCUUUUAAUUCCUCCUUAGAUUUUUCUUGUCCUUUCCAUCUCCAACUUCAUCUUUACAGUCUCCGGCCCUGUCUUCUUUUGAUUUCAUAAAUCCUGGUAAAUCUCACCUCUUAAAAUAGGCCACAUUAUAAAGGGAUUAGUCAAUUUAAGUUGGUUAUUUUUGAACGCUAGCCACAGAUUUUCUUGUUAGCUUUCAGCUAGCAACAUCCUUUGGUUUCAGUGAGGACGUUUUGAACAAUUUUCCUUGUGUGGCACAUUCUUGAAGAACAGUAACCAAUUGAAUUCCUUUAACUCCCUAGGGUUAGAUGGACACUUAAGAUUUACAGUGAGUUAAGUGCUGUGAAAUGGCCGUAGAAGACCAGAGAAAAUCCAGUUUUUCACUUUAGAUUUGAGUUUUGGCUUCGUCGUGUUUUUGUCUGCAUUCACCCAGAGCCAGCCAGGCGUCCUGUGCACCUUCACGUCAUCUUUGUAUGUAACGCAUGGCCAUGUUGUAAAUCACCGGCCAAAAAACUUUUCUAAAAUAUAGCGCAGAGAUGGGCAAGAUGUCAAAUCUGAGCAAAAUAUGUCUGCAUACGAAUUUAAAAAUGGGAUCUGGCUGCAGCUUCUUCACUUGAUGACAUGACAGAUACUUAAAAGUGGCCACAGAAACAGACAAAAGUUUUGUUUUGUUUUUUUUCUUGUUUUUUUUUUUCCACCUUUUUAAAACAUACUAAAAUAUUGAUUUUCGGAGAUUUGAGAAAGAUGUCUAACAGACGGAAGGAACAAGGGGCUGGACAAAUAUCCAGUCAGAGGGACACCAGCAGAUGUUGUCGCCCAUUAGCAAUGAUGCUAGCAAACAGUGUGGUUGUUGAUAUCACAACCAAAAACAGCAUUUUCUUUGUUUGAAACAAAACAUAAUCGAGGAUCAUUUGUUUCUGUACUGUGCCUUCAAGAAUUUGAACUUUGUCUCUUAUUUCCGUUGUUUUUAUUGCCAUGAUACAUAACUGGCUACAAGUACUGGCCAACUGUGACUAAACAAAUGAGUAUUUAAUGUCAUGUAUGGGUUUAAACAUGUUUUUCUUUAUUUCUAUUUGGAAGGAAACAAACUAGGCUUGAACUAAAUCAAACCUUGGCAAAAAAAACAAAACUAAAAGCUAAAAAAAGAAAUAAAAACUACGAUGUGGAAACUCAAAGCAAUUCCUUAUCUGUCUAUUGGAGUUCAAAUUCAUCAGACAGUCUCUAAUGAACCGAUUCCGAAAAGCAUAUUACCACUGUAACCAUAUCUAUAGAUUCUUGUGAUAUACCCUCAUCCAGAGUGGCUAAAAUUGGUAAAAAAGGCAUACUUUUGUUUCAUUCAGAAAAAUUGUUUUGAUUCCAGAAACGACCUCUUUGCUUUCUGUAGCCAGUGAGCAGACAUAACAGCUGUGGUUUUAUGCUUUUGGGAAGCCGAGUCCUACUGAUUAACCUAUAUGUCACAUCUACAGCUCUGGUUUGAGCUUGAGUUUGGGUUUCUCAAAGCCAUCUUGUCACUAAUUGUUGGGUCACAGUAUGUUCAGAGCCACUGAGAAAGAAUUUGGUGUAGCUGCGCAGCAACAGUCAUGUUCUGUUACUUCUCCCUCUCUUACCUACCGUUCAGAUAUGUGAUUGUAAGUUUAGAUAUGCUCCUGUCUGAUGCUUCUCUUAAGUUAUAUUAGAUUUAAUUGUUACAACAGUUCACUCUUUAACCUUCAACAUAUAAAAUGCAUUGGUAUCUCCCAGUGAGCGUUGUGAAUCGCUAACCACAUCCAGCAGUGAUGUCAGAGCAAUGCUACAACAUGUUUUGAAUGUAGAAAUUUAAACCGCAUGGCUGCUGCUGGAAACGACAGUUACCAAAUUCUACCACUGGCUGUGGCCGUUCAGCUGUCUAUUAGUGCCAUCGUGCUUUUGGGAAACUGGCUCCGCUUCCACCACAAACAUUGAAAUCCUUGUUUGCCAAAAGCUUCUUUCAAAGGGAUACACAACUAAAAAAAAGCUAAAAGAGUUCAAAAAUUUUCUUGCUCACUCUAUCCUGGAGAGUUACAUGAAGAGUCUUCUCUAAAAUCCGUCAUUCCAGUUCAUUCGUUGGGUGUUUAAGAUGUUGUGGUCAGGGAUAAAAGUGAAGGAUUGGAUAAUCUAGCCUAACUCAUUUCACAGCAGGGACAGCUGGUGCUUUUUGGAGGGUAUAACGCCACACCUUCAUACCACAUUUUAACUGUGUCUGGUCUCAAUAUAGUAUGAGCAGAUGUGAUCAGGCACAAUUCCAGCUGUGUCCAUAGGACAGAACCACAGGAAAUGGCAUUGCUAGCUUGGUUCAUGUGUUGGAGGUUUGAGAUGUAUAGUGCCUGCACCUCUGCAUACCUGGUUGGUGCCAUCUUAUUUAGUCUGAUUGUUAGCAUUUCUCUCACACACACGCCAAACAGAACUGCUUAGCCCCUGCUUAAGCUUGCAGGUGCAUACAUUCCCAUUCUUACUAUUGAUCCAACAGAUACAAGCCUUUGUUUUCUGUUCCUCUAUGCUCUUUUAGUGAAGUCCAUUUCUCCGUUGCAAUGCAAGGAGAUCAGCCGACAAAGAACGCACAGAAAAGUCCAACUUUUAAAGCACGUGUGCCCUGCUAGGAAUGUUAAAAAGACAUCUAGCUCAGCAGAGCACAAGAUACAGGACAGAUAAAGUGUGCUUGUGGAAACGUGGCAUAACAGAACUGAACAUCUACAGCGUGUAAGAUGAUCAGGUGAAUCUUUUGUAAUGUAAUCGAUUCCUGAUCCCAGGUUAGCCCUGCUUUGCCCUGCUGUGGAACCAGGCUACAAGGGGCAGUUGACCCAGGAUGUCCAUGUCUCAUCCCUGAUUGAACUUCUAAAAAGACCAUUUGGAUGGUUCAGUGGUCGAGGUCUAAUCCCCCACUGUGUUAAUUAGUAGCAGAAUAAGCCGAAAAAUGCUCUGUUGCUACCUGGUGGGAAAAAAAAUGUUGUUUUUCAUCAGGGUCUUAAUUUGUUUUGUUUUACUUGAACAACUUUUGUGAAAUAAAAACAUAGAUUAAAUGUAAAUAGUUCAACUCUUCUUAAAACAAAAAGAGAAGAAUCUCCACUGAAAAAGAAAGUGAAUUGUAAGUGAAACAACACUUGACGUGUAAAGCAUUAAGUUUGAUCACUCGACGUUGGGCCAGGUCUGUCUGGUAAGCUUAGUUCAGUGGGCAAUUUGAACACAGUCAAAGCAGUUAUUCUUUAGAGGUAUUAUUUAUGAAAAUACAUGUGUUCACACAUACAUAAACCAGUAAGGGGAAUUUAUUUACCUCUUAAGGCUUACAAUUCAGAUUCCCCCAAAUUGCCCACUGGCUUUGACAUAUGACAAGGCUGGACCAAGACAAUAAAACAUAUGCAAGUGUUGUUGUUUUUUGGUCAAGGAGUUAAUAAUGCCAAGCAAAUAAAUACAACUCCACAGAAGGCUUUAGUUAUGUUAGAUCUCUCCAAUAUUUCCCGUCUUCUAUGAUUUUUAGACUAGUUUUUAAUCACAGGUCGUGUUUGGGUCAGUCGUAAAAUCUAUUUCCCUUGAGUUGGUAGGGAGGUUUGGGGAAGUAGUUGGAUUUAAACAUCAUUUUUGAAGAGUUUCAGGCAGAGUAAUGCUGGAGGACUCAGGAUUCGAGCAGACAGCAGGUCACAUACAUACAAACUAGCUUCUUGACGUCUUGAUUCUUGUGUUGGUCAACCUGGUUCACCUUCUAGUGGUCAAAAUGAGGGGCCAGUGAAAUGGGAUUUACAGAGUUGAUGCUCCGUUCAAGGACAGUUGUCAUAGGAUGCAGCGUUAGGAAAAAAACUAAUUUCUAGUAGAGGGCUGACGCAACACACUGCGCCAUGUCCAACCUUUCCUCACGGCCACUUUAAAGAAACCAGAAAAUGAAUUUGCAUUUUCUUUUCGCCUACUGUCAAAGUUUGAUUAAACAUAAUAUUGUUGCUGUGGUUCAACUUGCAAUCUAAUUACAGCUAAGCUACUAUGAGCACCAGUUAAAACAUCGAUUAUAUUGUUGACCAGAACUGUGUUUAGGUGUCCCAGCAGAUGAUUCCCACCUGUUAACCACUCAAAGUUUUUCUCUGGCCAUGAUAUGAAUAACACUUUAAUUUCUCCUGCAGCAAUGGUGGAUAGUCUCCAUCCUAGAUGUCUUACAAGUGCUGUUGCUGGUCAGUAUGAAGGGAUAACCAGCAGGAAGCUAGAAAUCAGCAACAGACAAUGAGUUUAAGAUAACAGUGCAAAUGACAAUCAAUUAUGAGGGAUUUGGUUAGUUUAAAUCUUCAAUCAACAGACGCGUUUACAUGUAGAGCUUUUCUUGACCUGCUCUCCUGUUGGCUGUUAUUUGAUACCUGUCAGAUUUUCAACAUGCACAUCAACCUUGUGUCCUACAUCAUGGAGGACCAGGAUCUGCACAGCAGAUGAAUGCCAGACUGAAGCUCAUUACCUUACAGUUGAAGAUACACACUCUGAUUUUGUGACGGCGUCCUUAAAUCCCAAAGUUUCCACCAGAUAAUUGUUGAUGUUUACGAGGUCAAUGCAGAUCAAUAAAUCUGCGCUAAGAGGCACUGUUCUAAAAUCAGAGAGUCCACCUUUAGAUAUUAACUUGAAUAACAGAGUAUGAAUGCCUCAAUUGUUAACUGACACUGUCAUAUAUUCCCUGUGUGAAAGAGGAUAUUGUCAGCAGUUGUUACUUGAAUCCAUGACUGUUGCCAACCACAAACUUAGUAUGCAGCUAGCACAGUCUCUUUUGUUUUAAUAAUAAUGCUAAUUAUGCUGAAAUGCAGUUCCUGCACCCUAAAUUCCAAGGCAUACUUUUAAGAAGGAUAUACAGUGAGAGGUUAAACCACUUGAAUGAAGCUGAUUCAGUGUGCAGACAUUGAUGUGCCUUCUAACAGCCACUAGGGGGCAGAUAGAAUAAUUGUGAAUAUGUGAAGGAGCAGCUGAGCAGUGAUAAAUGCUGGAAACUUCUGAUGUAAUGCAAGAUAUCAACUGAUUGUGGACUACUGGUAGUGCAGCUUAUGCAGCAGGGAAUCAUGUAAGGUUUACCUCACUUUUCAUCUUGUUUAUAGAGCAAUCUUUUCAAGUAGUGUUGUUCAGAGUACACACAUUUAUGCAAUGUAUUUAGGUAUUUUACUGUGGCAGACAGAUGAUACCUGCCAGCUCUAAUUACUAUUUAAUUGUGUUGGAGCAACACCUAACUACCACUGUGCACGAAACCCCCAUUCCAACUUGUCAAAAUGCCCCCAGGGCACUGAACUUCUAUAGUAAGUGCAAUAGAGAUCAGUUACUUGUGGCUUUCACUUUGCCAUCGCUGAGAUUGUCUCUAUGAGUUUUGUUAGGGCCGUUUUUUGCUCUGUUUGGAUUAGAUGACAAACUGGCACAAGUGAAAUCAGCCCAAAUUCUGACACGUGCACAGUGCCUUGAAAUGACUGAAUCGCGUUGGUUAGGGCUGGGUAUUUUUCAAGAUGAAAAAUCCAAAGGAUUAUAUAAACAAUUUCUUAAAUGUAUUACGCCAUAGUGGGUAUGCACGAGACAUCCCCAUAUGUGGAGGACACCAUGGUCAUUGACACAAGCACUGAGCAUGGCAGGGUACGUUCACAAUUUGCUUUUGAGCAACGUAGCAGCAGGGCUCUAUGGAUGGUGAUGUAGGGCUGUCAGUCGGUCUACUGCAGACUGGAAUUGGUGUGAGGAUGAAUCCUAAUGAUGUUCCUCUCAUGCAAUCAUUAGGCAUAACUUGAAUUUGUCCAACAUGUUGCUUUUUGGCCAAAUACCUUUCAUAACUAAUGCCAUCACCAUCAGCCUCAUCUUGACUUUGUCUUUAGCGCUAGUUAGCGAAUGCUAGCAACCGACAUGCUAAAUUCUGAUGGUGAACAUGCUAAAUGGCUGUAGAUGCUCUUGCUGUUAGUCUUGUUCAGGUUAGUUGUUUUUUUUUCUCACAGUGUUGCAGCUUUUCUCAUUCGUUGAAGCCUUGGCAGGUCUGUUUUUGCCGCUCAGUCGUGUUGGGGGUGGUAUUAUUAACAUUUGUUUGGACUGUCAGUUGACUUUACUUAGAAGUUGACCAUGCUCAGUUUAUUUCCUCUGAAAGAAAGUUCUCAUUUAGAAAUUUCAGCACUUUAGUUGGUUUUUGAGUAUUUUCAAAACCUUUUGAUGCCUUAAAUUCAAGGGUGAUACCCAGCCCUAAUGGAGCAGAUCGUGAAGUUGGUUACACUGUAUACAGCAUUACCAUGGCAAUAGACAGUGACAGUGUCACCAUGGACAAUGGUUCUGGAUCACUACAGUAACUGACUUACCAGCAGGAGUGCUUCGAUUGUCAGUGAACAAUUAAUGGUGCUAUGCUCCCAUUGCUGCGGCCUGCAGGCCCCUCUGUUGUAGAAAGACGUCAAAUCCCACCGAGUUUUACAGGAAAUGCUUCAGUUACUUAGUUUAAGCUUCAUCUUAAGUCUUCUACAUGUCCUUCACAACCUCUGAGAGGUGCGAAGGAGUGAGUGAGAGUGUUUGAAGUGUAGCGCAGCCAGGUGUCAAAAAGAGAGGUUUCUCCACAGUGUAGUAUGUGUGUGUGUGAGUGUGUGUGUGUGUGUGUUGUACGGAAACGUUCUUCCAGAUAUAGAAACCGUUUUUUUGGGACCAGGUGGAGUUCUAGUUAACAGCAACUGUAAAAUUCAGCUGUUUGCACACAGAGUUCUCGAGUCUACUUUCGCUGCUAGUUUGUGUAAUUUAUCAAGCCUUUUUGGGAAAUAUUUAUUUUUAUAAGCUUAAUACGAAAGUUGAUAUUUUACAAAGUGACUUGACCAAAAGACAGUAAACAAAAACACUGGCACUUGAAUGUUGAAUGUCAUUGGUAUGAGUGAAAAUUUCUAUUUUUCUGGGGUAGUGUGAGCUUUUUAAUGUUAAAGAUGCAAUGUGUGGGGGUCUCUCUUUAAAUAUGUCACUGUAGCAAGCUGUGAUGCGAAAAUGUUUUUCCGAAAAUUCUUAAAUAACAAAACUGUCACUGGUGCCAAAACCACUACAAAUCAUCUGCUUGUCAUUAAUCCCAGUACGCUAGCCAACACAAAGCAACACAUGCUGCAUGCACAUCUUUUCAUUUUUAACCAGACUGCCCCUAGAACAGCGCUUCUUUCCUUUCACCCUGCAUUUUCCAAGCCAAACCGGACCCUGAAUACCUCUUUAAAAGGCAGGAGUUCUCAGUCUUUAUCGUCCUUGGCAGCUGCGUGGCUGUAGAGGUGGCAGGGCAGGUCGCUCCACCACUUUGUUCCAGACAUUCAUGUUCCCCUCAGGAUGAAUUUAACAACAUAAGAGAUUCCCUGACUUUUCCUUGAGCAAGAUCAUCAGGUCAAAACUAGUUUGUUUCCUGACCAGAUACCUACAAAGCUGUGCUAAAUUUUAGCUCACUAGUACUUUGAAAUACGAUGGGGAGCAUGGUAAACAUGUAUGUUUUUGGAAAAUCAAUUGAGAAACUGUUUAUAGACACAAUAACCAACAGCCACGUUUUGGCUAAUCCAGUAAUUUAUAUAGCUAAAACAAAAAAGUCUAGAUCUUUCAUCAUAUUCAUGCAACAAUGGUGUAAAUCCAACAUUAUCAUAAUCCGGUUCUGCCCAUUGAGAGGAGAAUGUGUUACAGUAUAAUGGUCAUUUACUGCAGUAUGUAAAGAUGUGCACGUGGUGUCUGUUGCAUGAGGCCACUGAGUGAAGCACGGACAGUUGAAUCACAGUUGAUGCGACAGUGACAUAUUAAGCGAAGCGUCCUACACGGGUUACCUUUAAAGUCACAUUGGACUCAGUAUCAGAUCCACAAACCUGUUAGUGCAACAGGUUCCAUUGCCAAUAAUGAUAAUCAACCAUAAACAGCCAUUUUUAAUUGGCAAACAAAAUUUGAGACAAUACCACCGUAUAUGCCAAGGUUUGGAUUAAAAUAAAAUUAACAAAACGCUACGAUCAAAGACCAUUUUGUAAAAAAAAAAAAAAACCACGCAGUACAAAAAACAAGUGUCCAGAUUCUCUCCAAGUCA